AUGGCUGAUUGCCAUGACCACCAUGCCAUCUUCUUUACCGAUAAAAAUCAAACCGGGCCGAGGAAGGAAAAAGCGACGGGGGAGAGCAACGGAGGCAAGGGCAACGGCCAGGGCGGGGCGGGGCUGAGACCACACCUCCACUGCCUCACGGGCGACAACGCAGGAAGGAUGGCGGACGGGUCGGAGGGCACAGACGUGUCGCCGGAGUCGGAGGCGACGGCGGCAGCCGUGAAGGGCGGGGAGAUCUGGGGAACGCUGGAGGAGCUGCUCCUGGCUUGCGCCGUGACCCGGCACGGCACGGCGAGCUGGGACUCGGUGGCCAUGGAGGUGCAGACAAGAAGCCCCGUGGCGGCCCGGCCCGGCCUCACGCCGCACAGCUGCCGCCUUCGCUUCCGCCACCUCCACCGCCGCUUCUCCACCGUCGGCAGCGGCGGGGAGGAGGAGGCCGAGGCCGAGGAGGACCCCGACGCCUCCGCUGCCGAGGGGUGGGUGGACGAGCUCCGGCGGCUGCGCGUCGCCGAGCUCCGGCGCGACGUCGAGCGAUGCGAUCUGUCCAUCGGGACGCUGCAGUCGAAAGUGAAAUGGCUGAGAGAGGAGCGGGAGCGGGAGCGGAGCGUCUCCGGCGAGGCUAAGCCGGACGAGGUGAGCGUCAACGACCGGCUCUCCUCCCCCAGCGAGGAGCCCGGGCGGUCGUGCAGGGAGUCGAACUCCACAGAUCUGAAGCCCCCCAAGCACCCCGGUCACCAGGGCGGCGGCGGCGGCGCCAAGGAGGAGGAGGUUGCGAAGCAGGAGGCGUCCGUUGAGUCGGCGGCGUCGUCCAAGGAGAGCAGCGACGUGCGGAGCUCGGCAAGCCUGUGCCGCCGCCGCCGCGGAAGCGAGAAGGCUGACGAGGAGGAGGAGGAGGCGGCGUCCGCGUCCCGCCCACCUCCCGCCCGGUCCCCUCCGCUCGCCUCCCUGGUCGACGCGGUCUCGGCCAAGCUCGGUUCCGCGCUGCAGCAGCUACGCGAGCACGGCAACGAGGAGUCCGCCGCGUACCGGGGCACGAUCAGGCGCCACGUGGACCUGGAGAGCGUGCGCCGUCGGCUGGACGCGUCGGCGGCCUCGCACGCCGACGAUGACCACCACUUCCCCGCGCGCGAGCUCUACCGCGACCUGCUGCUGCUCUGCACGAACGCCGUGGUCUUCUUCCCGCGUGGCACCCCCGAGCACGCGGCGGCCGUCGAGGCCCGCGCGCUCGUCACUGGGCACGCGUCGGCGGUGCUCCACGAGCCGAAGCAGGAGCACGUGGCUGUGGCGGCGCCGGCGGCAGCGGCGGGCGCUGACAUCGUCGGUUCGCUGAUCGAGAAGGGGAAGAAGCCGCUGAUCGUGUGCCGCAAGCGGAGCUCCAUCCCGAAGGCCGCCGCGAGAAAGGAGGAGAGCACGAUGAAGGGUGAGGCCGAGGCGGCUGCGGCAGCGGAGGAAGAGAGCGAGGACGAGAAGAAAUCCGUGGCUGCGGCGAUCAAGGACAAGGCGUGGGGAGUGAGGACGAAGAAGAGCCGCGGUGGCAAGAACUCGGCGGGUCCUGGCCGGAAUAUGGCGAAGGCGGCGGACGAUGCGGACGGGCCGAGGAAUGGCGCCGGCGGGCUCGCCAAGAAGAGGAACGCCGUGGACUUCCUGAAGCGCCUGAACCAGUCGCCCCCCAGGAAGCGGGGGUCGGGGUCCCAGCUGGGGACGACGCGAAAGCGGUCUGCGGCGAUGGAGCAGCAGACGACUACCGGCCGGAAGAGAGGAACCGGCCGGAAGGAGGGCACCGGGCGCGGUGGAUCCAGGAGGGGCGGCAAGGCUGCCGGGACGAAGAGAGGCGUCGGGCGGCCGCAGAAACGAGGCCCGGCACCAGCCACGCCGCCGCCAUCCAAGAGGGCCAAGACGAACAGCAGGUCGGAGAAGUCGUCAGGAACGGGGAAGCGCGGCGGGAGAAAGUAG